GAAUUGGCUAAAUGGAUAAAAGUUAAUGGAUCUAUUCAAUCCCAUCCAAAUCACUAAUUUUAAUAGAAAUAAAAAUUAGGUACAAAUGGAUUAAUGAAUAAAAUGAUUUAAUAGAUGUAAUAGAUUGGAUUAAAAUGGACAAUGAAUCAUCCAUAAUCAAACCAAUAAAAAUUUAUAACCAACCUAAAUUCAAAACAAAUAUAUAAACAAAAAAUCACCAUACCAAAUUUACAAUACAAACCAAGUUUUAUUUGUUUUUCUCAUAUAUCUAACUCAAUUUUAUCUAACUUAAUUUUUUUCUUAUAUAUAAACAUUAUAUUUGGUUGCUUUCAUAAAUCAAGUCUAACCAUAUUUUCUUCUCAAAACCGUAAAUUCAAGUUUUUUCACAAGAAUCGUAAAAUCAAAAUUUUCACCAUAUUCUGCUAAAACUGUAAAAUCAUGUUUUUUCGCCGAUCAACCGCAAAAUCAUGUACAUGAUUUAUAUUUUAUAUAAUGACCAAGAGGAAGCAACGCUUUUGUUUUUAUCAAGUGAAUACUGAAUGAGUAUAUCUUGUACAAUGUUGUGUGGCUUUUUACUGAAUGAGUAUAUCAUGUACAAUGCUGUGUGAAGAAACAUAUUCAAAAUUAUUAAAAGGAUGUGUUUUUGCGUCUUUUUUGCGGAAAAAUAUAUUUUUGCAUCUUUAACGGAAAAAUACAUUUUUACGGUUUUUACUGAAAGCGUAUUUUUGUGGGUUUGACAAUGAGUAUUCACUUGAUAAAACGGAACAAGUGGGAGUACUAAUUAUAAUGGCUAUUUGAACCUUUUAUUUUUAUCACCUUAUAGUUUUUAUAAUGUCUACAUAAUAAUUUUCUUUAAUAUCUUUAGUAAUUAAGAAAAACCAAACUGUUAAUAAAAAUAAAUUGAUUAUUUUCUAAAUAUUAAACACAUGGUAAAAUAAUGAUAUUAUGUAUUUUAAAAAUAAACAAAAGUGCAUUAUGACAUACAACUCAUCCGUGAAAUCAGGCAACAGCCUCUAAAUUAUUUGAGAUGGCGCUUGACUGGUGCGAAAGCAGGGGAGGUCGGCGAAAUGAUGGUGAGGGCCGGAGGAGCCACGGCAAUGGCACAUGGUUCUCCUGACAAAUAACCAGCCCCUAAUGGAUAGAGAAGAUAUAGUAAUGCUUUGAAUGCCUCACCAUGUCAUUGGUCGACCUUGACCCUGAUAGCAUACAACUCUGGAGAACCGGCGACAUGUAUUGUAAAAUAUUAAGAUUGUUUUUCGAGUUAUUUAUCUUUUAAUGAGAUGAACAGAGAGCAUCAGUCCAUUGAGAAGUUGUAAGUUUGAGAGUAUUAUGUAUUGUGCUAGAAACGAAGCACACCAUGACGUAUUGUUAGCCAUACUUUGAUUUGUUAAGAUCAAAAUUUAUGUACUUAUUAUGAUAGUGAAUUCUCUUCAAAAUGUAUAAUUUCAAAAACAAAAGUAAAAAAUGUGAAGACAUGACUAAUGUGUGUGUCUACAUGAUUUGUAGUUCCGAACAAUAUUUAUGGAUUUUACAUUUAUGCAUUCUACCAGUAAUCAAUUUUCAAGUUUCAUGAUCAAAUACUACCUCCAUUUCACAGAAUAAAAGUUUUAGGGCAAAAAAUUAGUUUCACAAAAAUAUAAUUUCAUUGAAUUUAUAAAUUUUAUGUCUUAAUUUUUAUUUACUUUUUUUCUUUCGUCAUCUUUCAUUUUCAUCAUAUUUAUUUUGAUUUUUAGAAUUUUCAUUUAUUAUUAGCUUUUUUAAAGUACGAAAAAAAUCAAAAUACAUGUUUUUAUAAUAGUAAAUUGUAAAAAAAAAAUUAAAAAGUGCACUAAAUUAUUAUUUUCUUAAUUUUACUGAACAUUGAUAAUAAUAGAAAAUUAUGCAAUUCAAUUUUUUAUAUAUGUAUGAACAAUAAAAAAAUUAUCUUUGUGGACGAAAUUUUUUUUUUGGAUUUAUUACAAAUUCACAAUGAUAAUAUACGCAAAUAAGAUUGACUUUCCCUACAAAGAAAUCAACACAUAUGAGAGCAAAUCUAAUUUGAUAAGAUUUCGCCAAAUAAGUAAAGCAAAUCAAUAACUAACAAUUUAGUCUUCUCGAAAGCUAACUAUAUUUAAAUUAAUAUGAUUUUAAAUAAGUUUUACAUUUAAAAAAAAAUCACUAAACAAUGAGUCAAAAACAGUCAUCAAACAAGAAUAUCUUUCAUUCUUUUUUGACGCGGAAUUACAUAUAGAAAUAUGUAAAAUUUUCUCUUUAAACCUGUUAUUUUUUUCUCCAGAUUCCUGUGAAGUUCAUGAAACCCAACAACCUUUGCUACAGAGUCACGGACACCAACUAAUGCUACGACAAAAGACAAAACAGAAGUAUAAAACUAAUAACCCAAACAAAAUCAAAUUAUAAAAUGUCCAGUGGACUGUGGAUCAAAUCAAAUGAUAAAAGGUACAUAAUAAUUUAAAAAUCUUCUCCAUUAAAAUUAGAUAUUAUACCAAAAAAGAAAAAAUUAUAGCUAAUCUUAAAAUAAUUACUAAAAAACUGAAAAAGUUACAGACAUACACUUGUCUCGCUGUUAUAAAAGUACAUACCACAAAACAGCGAAGAAGAAGCAAACGAAUCAUUUCAACAAUGAUUAAAACACAUACCCUUGUCUCUCUUCUUCUCUCUCUCUUCUUCUUCUACUCUCUCCCUUUGUCCUCACUCGCUGCACCUCCCUCUUCGUCCUCCGUCUACGAAUCCUUCGUUCAAUGUUUCUCCGACAAGACUAAAACACCACAAGCCCAAAUCGCCAAAAACGUCUUCUCUCAGACAAACCCUUCCUACUCCUCCGUCCUCCGAGCAUACAUCCGAAACGCGAGGUUCAACACUUCCUCCACUCCCAAACCGACGAUCAUCGUCACUCCUCGCUCAUAUAGCCACGUCAGCGCCGCCGUCCUCUGCUCGAAGCCCUUAAACUUCGUCUUCAAGAUCCGAAGCGGAGGGCACGACUACGAUGGUCUCUCUUACAUCUCCGACAAACCGUUUUUCAUCCUCGACAUGUCGAAUCUCCGCGACGUAACGGUUAACAUCACCGAUCAGACGGCGUGGAUCUCCGCCGGAGCCACUCUCGGCGAGGUUUACUACGGGAUUUGGCGGGAAAGCAAAGUCCAUGGGUUCCCCGCCGGAGUUUGUCCGACGGUUGGCGUCGGCGGUCACUUAAGCGGCGGCGGGUACGGUAACAUGGUGAGGAAGUACGGUUUGUCGGUGGACUACGUGGAGGAUGCCAAGAUCGUCGACGUGAAAGGUCGUGUUUUGGAUAGAAAAGCGAUGGGUGAGGAUCUUUUCUGGGCGAUCUCCGGCGGAGGAGGAGGCAGCUUCGGCGUCGUUUUGGGGUACAAGGUCAAGCUCGUUCCUGUACCGUCGACGGUUACGGUGUUCAGAGUGGAGCAGUAUAUGGACUCCGGAGCGGUGGACAUGGUUCACAAGUGGCAGUUCGUUGGUCCGAAAACCGACAAGAACCUCUUCAUGAGGAUGCUGAUUCAACCUACUACGAGGAAUAAGGUGAAGACGGUGAGAGCUUCGGUGGUUGCUCUUUUCUUAGGCGGGGCAGACGACGUCGUUUCACUUCUUGCUAAGGAGUUCCCUGAGCUGGGGCUCAAGAAGGAGGCUUGCAAGGAGAUGACUUGGAUUCAGUCUGCGUUAUGGUGGGACAAUGAUGAGAACGCUACUCAAACCGAUCCCAAAGUGUUUCUUGAUCGGGAUCUUGAUUCCGCUAGCUUCGGCAAGAGGAAGUCUGAUUAUGUAGCGACCGAGAUUCCUAGAGAUGGGAUUGAGUCGCUGUUCAAGAAGAUGAUCGAGUUAGGGAAGAUAGGGCUUGUUUUCAAUCCUUACGGUGGGAGAAUGGCGGAGGUGGCCGAGGACGCAACGCCGUUCCCGCACCGGAAGAAGCUUUUCAAGAUUCAGUACUCUGUUAACUGGAAAGAGUCGUCUGCGGAGAUAGAGAAGGGUUACUUGAACCAGGCUAAGGUGCUUUACAGUUUCAUGACCGGGUUUGUGAGCAAGAACCCUAGGAAUGCUUACUUGAACUACAGAGAUGUUGACAUCGGUGUGAAUGAUCACGGGGUGAAUAGUUACAAGGAAGGAAAGGUGUAUGGAAGGAAGUAUUUUGGUAAGAAUUUCGAUCGAUUAGUCAAGAUUAAGACCGCGGUUGAUCCGGAUAAUUUCUUCAGAAAUGAACAGAGUAUACCUACCUUGCCAAGAAAGGCAUAGCGGAAAAAGACUUACCUUUUGUUUUUAUUAUAAAAAUUUGAAAAGGUUUGGUUAUUUACUAUUAAACCAGUAAUGUUUGGUGAAGGAGAAUAUAAUAGUAUGAUUUGAAAUAUUGAAUACAUA